UAGGGUUCUUAGCUUUUCUAGGAGUGAAACCAGCGCGAGAAAGAUUUGCUUUGGAACUUCUCUCGAAAGUUCAAAUCAGAUCAUCAAGAACAGUGCACGCGAAUGAGUUUUUUAAGCAAAAAAAAAAAAAGGGAAAAGAAAAGAGAGCUUCUCGUCCUUAAAUGAACCUCCCAACUUCCCCUGUUUCCGCUCUUCAUUGGUAAAAUCACAGAAGCAGAGUAAAUAUUACAUGCCCACCGGCGCGCCGUUUCCACUUUCUUUGCUUGCACUCUUCUCCAAUUCCAUCACUCUCUCUCUGUCUCUCUCUCAUGGAACUAUUGGUAUAAAAGCCUGACAAAAGCCUUAGCUGUCUCUGCUCUGUUCUCGAGUCUCUCGACCCUGUCUUCGUCUUCAGAAACAGAGAAGAAACUUUUGCUUGAGAAAAGAUGGUGACCUUCGUUACUAGAUUUUCAAUAUUUUGAGUUCUUUCGAAUUUUUGGAGGAUCUUGUGAGAUGGGUCAUUGAAUUUUCCAUGUGGGUGUUGUGCCCUUCUUUCUUUCUUUUUUUGGGUCAGGUCGGUGGUGGUGGUGGUGGUGGGGGUGGUGGGGGUUCAAAUAUUCCCCGGUGGCUCCGAAUUCUCCUCGGAGAGAAGUUCUUCGAUCCGUGCGGUGUUCACGACUGUGUGAAGAAGAACGAGAAGAACACGUUUUGCUUGGAUUGCUGCGUCAGCAUUUGCCCUCAUUGCUUGCCUCCUCAUCGCCAUCACCAUCUCUUGCAGAUAAGGAGGUAUGUGUACCACGAUGUCAUUCGCUUGGAUGAUGCGCAGAAACUACUCAACUGUUCCCUCGUCCAACCAUACACAACAAACAGCGCGAAAGUGGUGUUCUUGAACCAGAGGCCAAUGUCUCGGCCAUUCAGAGGCUUGGGCAACUUCUGCGUCACUUGUGACCGAAGCCUCCAAGAAGGCUUCCUCUUCUGCUCUCUCUCAUGCAAGGUCCACCACCGAAUGACCAAAAAAAUUGGCCUCGAGAAACGGCUCCAAAACCACAGCUGUGAGCCCCUUCCAUCACUGAACAAACCAUCCAACGAGGGAUUCCCGGAGCUCGAAGAUGGACACGUCACCCUCGACUCGGUCCUCGAUUUGCCCGUCUCGCCGCCCGCGUCCCCCGACUCAACCCCCAGCACUGAGUUCGUCAGGAGGAAGCGCAGCCGCCCGGUCCCGAUGACCCGGGUGACGGGUCGGCUCAGGUGCCUGCCGGCGACGGACGUGGCCGGCUUCGUUAACCGGCGGAAGGGCGUCCCUCACCGGUCGCCCCUGCACUGACCACGUGGCGGGAGACGACUGGGCACGCCCUCCUGACGGAUUUCGGCGAUCUGACAAGAAACACACCGGCUUCUCUUUUUGUUUUCUUCUCUUUUGUAAAGUGAUUAUCAUCAUUGUACAUAUGUAUGCGUGCAUGGUUGCAUCUGCCGGUGUCAAUUAAACGUUGCGAAUUAACCCCGUCAGUUUACCAUAACUAGCUAGACAGCAUUUCGUGUGGUCU